GUAUACUUUUAUUGAUUAGACAAUGAACGAAAAUCAACAAACUGACCUAAUCUUUUCUGUAAAGGAUUACAAAUCUUCAGUAAGAAAACACGAACCACGAACAGAGAAAUAAAGCUGUCAUCAGAGUCCUCACUUUUCUAAUUAUAGAGACGCUCUGUCUCCCUCUAGCGGCAGCUAUUYAGAGCUACACCGACUGAAGCCCUGCGACGAGGAGGGGCACACAAUUAUUGGGAUUCUACCCAAAUUUAAAAGAAUAUUUAUCAAGUCUUCUGGGKGUUUUUUGUGGAAUUGCACGUAUUUGGACAACAGUUCACUUCACUGUUGGACUUGCUUGAGAAAUGACAUCACCGAAGUCUUUACUGGAGUGGUGCUGCGUCACAUGCGCCGGUUAUCCCGGUGUGGACAUAAAGGACAUGUCUUCCUCAUUCAGGGAUGGACUUGCAUUUUGUGCCAUCAUCCACAAACACCGACCUGACCUGAUAGAUUUCAGUUCCCUCUGCAAAGAUGACAUUUAUCAAAAUAACAAACUGGCAUUUGAAGUUGCAGAAACCAAACUAGGGAUCCCGGCGCUGUUGGACCCUAAAGAUCUGGUCUCUGCCAAAGUCCCCGACUGUUUAAGUGUCAUCGCCUACAUUUCUCAAUUCUACUACUCCUUCUACAGAAAGCCUUGUG